GUCCUUACCCGGGCUGCAGGGGGAGGCCGCGGCGGGGAAGAUGGCGGACGGGAAGGCGGGAGAGGAGAAGCCAGAGAAGCCGCAGCGAGCCGGAGCCGCCGGAGUUAAUUCAUGGGAACCUCUUGUACUGCCACACAAUCUCAGUUCCUGCUGUACAGUCUAACAAGCAGUGAAGAGACUGUUGGGUCAGUAGGUGACAGCUGCAGAGGUAUCUUCCUUGUAAAGAUGCUUUUUGAGGUUGCUGCUCCCAUCAAUCUGCUCAGUAAAAAUAGCUCAUCUUGUAAUGGAGGGGAAAGUUCCAGUCGCAGCGCUGAAAAGCGAGCAGCUGAAGACGAAGCUGCAGACCUCCCAACAAAGCCUACAAAGAUGUCCAAGUUUGGAUUUGCCAUAGGUAGUCAGACGACAAAGAAAGCAUCCGCCAUCUCCAUCAGACUUGGAGCAAGUAAGCCUAAGGAAACGGUUCCAACUCUUGCUCCAAAAACUCUUUCAGUAGCAGCAGCUUUCAAUGAAGAUGAAGAUAGUGAGCCGGAAGAAAUGCCUCCAGAAGCAAAGAUGAGGAUGAAGAAUAUUGGAAGGGACACACCAACAUCAGCUGGACCAAACUCCUUUAAUAAAGGAAAGCAUGGCUUUUCCGACAACCAGAAGCUGUGGGAGCGAAACAUAAAAUCUCAUCUUGGAAAUGUACACGACCAAGACAAUUAAAUGAAGUGUUUUGAGAUUGGGGUGUGGGUGGGUGCGCUUAGAAGGAACAGUCUCCUUUUAUUAAGAAAGGUGUAAGACUAGCUUUGGAGCCGUUUUUUAUUCUUUUCCUUUUUCUUUCUUUUUUUCUUUUUUGCUUUCUUUUUUUUUUUUUUAAGAUUGAGUGGUACACUAAUAAAUGAGAGUUUGAAAUUAGAGGUAAUUUAUGUUUUAUAUACAGAUUUCAAGACAUUUGCUAAUUUUGUAGCUUCAUGUGAUUAGUUUCCAAAGGUUACAGAUAAUAAAGAGAUCAGAAGUGGUACCUUUCUAAGAA